UUUUUCUUUUUUAAAAUUACGAGGCUUGGGACUUUGUUGUUUUUUUAAUCGCGGUAAAAUUGAAAGAUGGAUUAGAAAUUUUAAAUUUCAAAAAUAUAGACAUCCGAUAUCAUUGAAGAGGUGGUAAACAAGAUAACAAUGAGUAAAAUUACUAGGACACCGGAAAUGUGAUGAACAUAAGCCGUUUUGUAAUAAUUGUAUUAAAAGCAAUAGAGAAUGUGAAGGGUAUGGAAUACGGCUAUCAUUCGAUGUAGAUGAUAGUAGGAAUAAGACCCGUCAGGAUAAAUCCGGUUUUAUGAAGGGUGGAUUUGUUGGGAAGCCAAGAGCUAAAGCACAUUUGAAAACAACAGGUCGACAGAAUUCAACAGGAGGUGGAGGAGAACUAUCUAAAGAUCAAUUACACGAUGAUUCUACAAAUUCAAAUACACCAUCAUCGAUAAUAGCACCUCCAAAUAGACCGACUAAUGGACUUACAGAUGAGAAUUUUAAUGGUGACGUGCCUUCAAAAGAUAUUAUGUUUAAUUCCCCAAGAUUUCUAGGAAUGAGAGCUUCUAGUGCUAAUUUAGAACAAUUCAGUUCGGAAUUGUUUGAAGAUCUUGAAUCAUUAUUAAAGUCUCCUGAUCUGAGUAUAUUUUCUGAUGAAUCUGCUUCUAAUAGGAUAACAAAUAGUAUGCUGGCAGCCAAUUUCGCUGCAGCUUCGGAGAUGAGAGAGAAUAUUUCUUUAAAUCUUGGUAAGGAGAUUAUAGGAUUCAUUGAUAAAUCAAAUGUAUUACCAGAAGAAGAAAGUGCUGAGAAACUACUUGAGAAAAGAGGUCCAACUGAAAUAUCAUUAUAUUCAAUGUCAUAUCAAGAAGAAAAUAUGAUGUUGAAGCAUUUUUUUAAGAAACUUCUACCGUUAUUAGAUGCUCAUCCUAAUUCACCUUGGCCUGAUUUAGCCUUGAAGUAUUGUGAUUUUGAUAUUGCUCGAAGUUGUUUUAUAUCAUUGGCCUGUAUCCAUAUGUAUGAAAGUAGAAAAGGGGGGAAUGAAUAUUAUCAAAAGGGAGUUGCCCAUAUUAAUAAUACUAUGGAUCAUUUAAUUCGAUUCAUAAGUACAGAUAAUUUGCUGACAGCUGAAGAUGAAAAAAAGAAACAAAUCCAUUCAUUAGUGAUACUUGUAUUAAUCAAUGUUCAUAUAUUAUUUGCAGUAUUGGAAAAGGGUAAAAGUUCAUUAUCAAGAUUUUUCUUUAAAGUAUUUGCAUCAAUAUGUCAAGAUCAAGAUUUUUAUGGUCUUUUAAUAACGAAUGAGAAACAAAGAUCUCUUUCGGUAGUUUUAUCAUGGUAUGAUACUGUUAGUGCUAUAGUUUCUCCCGAUUGCAGAUUACCUUAUUGUUUACCUAGUUGGUAUGGAUCAUCUAGUGAUAAUAUUUCAACAUCGAAGAUGAUGGGAUGUCCAGGUCAAAUCUUUAAAGCUAUGUCCAAAGUAUGUUAUUUGAGACAUGAUGUUUAUAAUGGAGCUGAUAAUACUACUCCUCAAAUGUUAACUGAUUAUCAGAAUGUUAAACAAUUAUUAGUAAAUUAUCGAGAUUAUGUAUUAUUUGAAGAUGGUGAUGAAGAAUAUGCUAUACGAUUGAAAUGUGCCCAAUGUUGGUCUAUAGCAGUUUGGAUAACGUUAGAAAGAGUGAUAAGGCCGUUUAAUUAUGAAAUCAAUAUUCGAAAGCUUGUUCAUGAAUUCAUAAGUAUUUAUGGAUCUAUGGAACCUAUUUCACCCAUGGUUACGCAAAUGGUAUGGCCAGUAUAUGCGAUUGGAUGUGAAUGUAAAACUGCAGAAGAAAGAGCUAGUUUAAUGACAUUUAUGGAAACUUUAUAUCGUAAUGCUCAAAUGGGGACAUUAUUUUCAUUAAAAGAAAUUGUUCAACAAGUUUGGGCUUUGCAAAUUUCUCAAGAAGAAUUUUUAAAACAAUGGCUUGAUAGUGGAGUUGAUUAUUUACCUUUAUAGAGAGUGAUUAUAGAAGCUUAUUUAGAAUAGAGAGAUACAAUGUGUAAUAGAUAUAUUCUAUUAAAAAAGGGUUCGGAAUGUAUUUUUCAUUACAUAAUAGGUAAAAAAAAAAAAUUCAAAAGCAUUACAUAAUAAUCAAUUCAAAAAGUUCUAUACAAUAGUACUAAUAACGAGAUUAUA